AGGGGUGGUGGUUUCUCCCCUCCCCAUCAACUCACGCGUGCAACGCAACAACAACGCACCUGGACAGACGUCUGCCUUGCAAGACUUCGAUAUUUACCUCCAUUGAAAACAAAUAGUACUAAUAUAGAAACGAUAGCUACCUCGUCCAUGCACGCCACGGCUGCCCGACUGAAGCCGCUGUUCCGCCGGGUCCGCGUGCACGCCCACGGCGGCCCCGCAGCGCUCUCCGUCGACGACUUCGAUCCGGCGACAGAUCUCGUGGUGGGGCCGUCAGACGUGCUCGUGCGCAACGCCUACGCGGGCGUGAACUUCAUCGACACCUACUACCGCAGCGGCCUCUACAUGAAGCCGACGAUGCCGUACGUCGUCGGGGAAGAAGGCGCCGGCGCGGUGUUGAAGGUCGGAGCAGGAGUGUCCACUGCGCUGCUGGGCAAACGCGUGGCUUACUACGGUGGCCUCGGCUCCUCCGGCAGCUACGCGUCCUUCUCCACUGUCCGCGGCUCCGCCGUGCGUGAGAUCCCGCCUGGCGUGUCGGACGAGGCCGCCGCGGCGGUGAUGUGCCAGGGCCUGACGGCGCACUACCUCAUCGACGCCAGCUACCCCUGCGCGCCGGGCAGCACCGUCGUCGUGCACGCGGCGGCCGGCGGGACCGGGCUGCUCGUGUGUCAGAUGGCGAAGCUGCGUGGCGCACGCGUGAUCGGGGUGUGCGGCGGCGCGGAGAAGGCGGCGCUGGCGCGCAGCGUUGGCCGGGCGGACGUUGUGAUCGACCAUGCGGCGACGCCGGACUGGGCGGCCGCGGUGCGUGCGGUGGCGCCUGCGCACGGCGUGGACGCGGUCUACGACGGCGUGGGCCGGUCCACCUUCGCCGGCAGCCUGUCGCUGCUGCGCAAGCGGGGCUACAUGAUCUCCUUCGGCAACGCCAGCGGCGCCGUGCCGCCGGUCGCGCCGCUGGAGCUGUCGCGCGCGGGCAGCGUGUACCUGCAGCGGCCCACGCUGGCGGACUUCAUGCUGACGGCGGAGGAGGCGGACCGGCGGGCGGCGGAGGUGUUUGGCUGGAUCGCGUCGAAGCAGCUGACGCUGACGAUCGGGCACGUGUACCCGCUGCGUGACGCGGCCCAGGCGCACAUCGACCUCGAGUCGCGCAAGACAACGGGCAAGCUGCUUUUGAACUGUAUUGAUUAA